CGCAUAAACGAUGUGGGAAAGCCUUCAGUUACCACAACUCAUUUCAAACACAUGAAAGGCUUCACACUGGAAAGAAACCAUAUGAUUGUAAAGAAUGUGGGAAGUCCUUCAGUUCUUUGGGAAACCUUCGAAGACACAUGGCAGUGCAGCGUGGAGAUGGACCUUAUAAAUUCCUCAGUGGCUUUAGAGGACGUGGCUGUGAACUUCACCCGAGAAGAGUGGGCUUUGCUGGGUCCUUGUCAGAAGAAUCUCUACAAAGAUGUGAUGCAGGAAACCAUCAGGAACCUGGACUGUGUAGGAAUGAAAUGGAAAGACCAGAACAUUGAAGAUCAAUACAGAUAUCCCAGGAAAAAUCUAAGAUGUCAUAUGUUAGAGAGAUUUGUUGAAAGUAAAGAUGGAAGUCAAUGUGGAGAAACAUCUAGCCAGAUUCAAGAUAGUAUUGUGACCAAGAACACUCUUCCUGGAGUAGGCCCAUGUGAAAGCAGUAUGAGUGGAGAAAUCAUCAUGGGUCAUUCAUCCCUUAAUUGUUACAUCAGAGUUGGUGCUGGGCACAAACCACAUGAGUAUCAUGAAUGUGGAGAGAAGCCAGAUACGCAUAAACAGUGUGGGAAAGCCUUCAGUUACCACAACUCAUUUCAAACACAUGAAAGGCUUCACACUGGAAAGCAACCAUAUGAUUGUAAAGAAUGUGGGAAGUCCUUCAGUUCUUUGGGAAACCUUCAAAGACACAUGGCGGUACAGCGUGGAGAUGGACCUUAUAAAUGUAAGUUGUGUGGGAAAGCGUUUUUUUGGCCCAGUUUAUUACAUAUGCAUGAAAGAAUGCACACUGGAGAGAAACCAUAUGAAUGUAAGCAGUGUUCUAAAGCCUUUCGUUUUUACAGUUCCUAUCUAAGACAUGAAAGAACACAUACUGGGGAGAAACCGUAUGAAUGUAAGCAGUGUUCUAAAGCCUUCCCUGAUUACAGUUCUUGUCUAAGACAUGAAAGAACUCACACUGGAGAGAAACCCUAUACAUGUAAACAAUGUGGGAAAGCCUUCAGUGCUUCCACUUCCCUUCGAAGACACGAAACAACUCACACUGAAGAGAAACCCUAUGCAUGUCAGCAAUGUGGGAAAGCAUUUCAUCAUCUGGGAAGCUUUCAAAGACACAUGGUAACGCACACGAGAGAUGGACCUCAUAAAUGUAAGAUAUGUGGAAAAGGCUUUGAUUGUCCUAGUUCACUGCAAAGUCAUGAAAGAACUCACACUGGAGAGAAACUCUAUGAAUGCAAGCAGUGUGGGAAAGCGUUAUCUCAUAGCUCAAGCUUUCGAAGACACAUGACAAUGCACACUGGAGAUGGACCUCACAAAUGCAAGAUAUGUGGGAAAGCCUUUGUUUAUCCCAGUGUAUUUCAAAGACAUGAAAGGACUCACACUGCAGAGAAACCCUAUAAAUGUAAACAAUGUGGCAAAGCCUACCGUAUUUCCAGUUCCCUUCGAAGGCAUGAAACAACUCAUACUGGAGAGAAACCCUAUAAAUGCAAAUGUGGUAAAGCCUUUAUUGAUUUCUAUUCCUUUCAAAAUCACAAAACAACUCAUGCUGGAGAGAAGCCAUAUGAGUGUAAGGAAUGUGGGAAAGCAUUCAGUUGUUUCCAAUACCUUUCUCAACAUAGAAGGACUCACACAGGAGAGAAACCUUAUGAGUGUAAAACAUGUAGGAAAGCCUUCAGUCAUUUUGGUAACUUAAAAGUACAUGAAAGAAUUCACUCUGGAGAGAAGCCCUAUGAAUGUAAGGAAUGUGGGAAAGCGUUCUCUUGGCUCACUUGCUUUCUACGACAUGAAAGAAUUCACAUGAGAGGGAAAUCCUAUGAAUGUCAACAAUGUGGUAAAGCCUUCACCCAUUCCCGUUUCCUUCAAGGACAUGAAAAAACUCAUACUGGAGAGAACCCGUAUGAAUGUAAGGAAUGUGGGAAAGCAUUUGCUUCUCUCAAUUCCUUGCAUAGACAUAAAAAGACUCACUAGCAUUCUCUCUCAAUGUAUGGAAUGUGGGAAAGCAUUUAUUAAUUUUAUUUCAUUUCAGAAACUUGUAAGAAACACAUUGGAGAUAAACCCUGUGAAUGUAAGCGCUUGGUAAAGCCUUAAGUAAUUUCAGUUUCUUUCCAGUACAGUCAUCUCUUGAUACAUGCUGGGUAUUGGUUCCAGCACUCUGUGAGCCAUGUCAAGUCCCUUUUAUAAAAUGACAUAUUUGUAUGUAACCUACCCAUAUCCUCUUGUAUAUUCUCAAUUAUGUCUAGAUUACUUAAAAUACCUCAUGCAUUGUAAAAGCUAUGCAAAUAGUUGUUCUAUUGUAUUGUUUAGGGAAUCAUGAUAAGGAAAAGAGUCUAUGUAUUUUCAGUAUAGAUGCAGUAAUUGUGAGCCUAUCAACAUAGUAUAUGUCAGCCAGAACAUUAAAGUUUCUUUGUUUCAGCUGUCA